AUGUCAAUACUGUACUCCAUUCAGGCUGGAGCCUCCGCUCCCUAUUCGAUAAAGCGUCCAGAUCACAUUGAACCUCUGUACAUUCGACUGACCGUAGCCGCAUCCACCGCCAUGAUUCCCCUUGCUGACCUCGCAUACCUCUACUCGCCAAAAUACUUAGCGGCUUUGUUAGCGUUUAUAAUUGUUCCCGACAUCACUUCACGCACUGCGGGAAUCAUUUGCGCAGCGAGCCAGUUCCCUGAACUAGUCUUUCUGGUUUUGGGGCCGUCUUUAACCUCAAAAUUCAAGCUCGGCCUUACUGACUUCCUCGCGGCGCUUGUGCUACUGGAAACCAAAUUGAGAGCUUUAACAUGGCUCAUCAAACUUCAGAAGAGACACACAAGCUGGCAAUACAACUGGAUUGCAGACGCAUGUUUAGUGAUAGAAGUACUUUUCGCGCUCACCUUUAUCACGGCGGGGCGACGAUACAUGACUUCGACAUUCGGGAACGAAUCGGAGAAGCCGGCGUUUCCAGAGGCGGAUAACGCACAUGAACAGCCUCCCACGCAGAUGACUGACCAUGUCAGCCGCCAAGGUACGAACCAAGUCGCAGCCCAAAAUGGAAACCAGGUUGCAAGUCGGCCUAGCGAGCUCACCCCGGAGUCAGUCUCCUUGAGUACCGCGACCGUGGUAGCCCUGCAACUUCCGCGUCGGGCGACUUGCCCUUCGUCCGAGUGCACGCUGCGCCAGUCAGCCCUCAUGCGGCUGUUCAAGGAGUACUUCGAGACCAUGAAGCGCAACACGAACUGCCUCAGGGAGAACCUCCGGCUCAGCGAGGAGGCUCUGCAGCUCCGCAGGGAGAUGCGCGAAGUCGACGAAGAGAUGACACAGCUGAAGGCAAAUUGCCUCGAGGCCGUGAAGGGGACGAAAGAACUCGCGUACGAGCUGAGUCAGGAAAACAAAGCGCUGCGGGACUUAUUGGGUUUCUACCAAUGCAAAAUUGAAGAAUUGCAGGACAUCAAGUCUCAAGCUCUCAUAUCGCGCGAUCCUGAGCCCGAGAGGUAUCCGAGCUUCAUCAGCCUAAGUUGA